AUGACCACUCCGAACGAGCCUGAGAUUAUUCUCUAUGACUUAGCAUCUACCAAGAGUGUUUGCUUCUCACCAGUUGUUUGGCGUAUCCGCCUAAUGCUCAACUACAAACGCAUCUCUUAUCGGACGAUUUUCCUCGAGUUCCCCGACAUCGAGCCGACCCUGAAAGGGCUUGGUAUAGUAGUCGAAUCAGGAACGAAAUACACAGUCCCUGCGAUCCAGCACCUACCAACUAAUACCAUGAUCAUGGACUCCACUCCUAUCUCGCAAUUUAUCGAAAAGACCUACCCGGAUAGACCAGUUCCACUUACAUCAGCUCUGGGUCAAGAAAUCGAAGCUAAAUCACGAUCUGUAGUAGGAAAAGCCUUCUACGUAUCCAUCUUGCCGCGUGAGAUAAAUAUCCUCUCCCCGCGCGCGCAGGAAUUCUACCGGCGCACGCGUGAAGCCACACUUGGCCACCAACUCGAGGUCCUCCUUGAUUCGGAGAAGGAGGAACAAACCUGGCAGUCGUUGGGCGAGAGCAUACAUGAGAUCAGCGAGCUGAUGAAGACGAACAAGGCUGACGGGCCAUUUAUCCUUGGAGCUAAGCCAAGCUACACCGAUUUCUUUAUUGCGGGGUCGCUCCAGUCUGCGAAGACGGUGCAUGAGGAUGUGUUUCAUCGGAUCGCACAGUAUUGUGGUUUCAAGGAUGUUUAUGAGGCUUGUUUGCCAUAUAUGGAAAAGAAGGAUUAG